UGGUCACUUUUCCAAAAAGAGAAACAUGAAUACAUAAAGAAAAAAUAAUACGCAAACAACAUGAGCUGUACAAACAUGAGGUAAUGAGUGGGAAUUGUUAAAGCAUUUGUGGUAUGAACAGAUCACUCGCCGACAAAGCAGCCAUACAGGUUAAACAGCCCACUGGGGAUUUAGUUUAAGAAUGAGGUGGACGUAUGUCAAUAGAAGAGGUUAUUUCCUUAAGGGACGAAAAUAAAACAUUUGAACACUAAAAUAUAUGUUGAUCUAUGCAAAUCUUGUUAACUCUUUGGCCUUUUGUUAAAUCUUAAUAGCCUAGUGCUCCACCAACCAGUGGGUGAGAGUCCCAGUGGGUGAAUGUCCCAGUUCGCAGACCAAACCAGCCAGGCUUUGAGUCUUUCAGCUGGUUCUUGAAAUCUCAUCACACAUAACCAGAGGACAGGCUUUGAGUGUGUGUUUUAACUCUCAUGAAUCAACCCCAUGAGCUGCAUUUAAAUGUUAUAGCUACUAGCUGGACCAUAUGGAAACUGCUCUGCAUGUGUAUGUUAAUGUAUAACUAUGCAUUGCAUGGCAUGGGCACCGAGCAACAACUGUAAGAUCAAUAUUUCCCUUGGAAAUGUAGUAAAUACAAGUAAAGAGGAAAUACUCAAGUAAAGUACAUGUGUUUUUAUAUUUAUGCAGAGUCCUUUAUUUGAGAUGGCACUACUUCCCACUCAUAUUCACACAGCCUAUUCUUGCAUGAAAAAUGAUCCCUGUUUACAUGUAUACCUAAGUUUAGAUAUGCAGGCUGCAGAACAAGGAGGAUUUAAUGACCUGGCGCAUGAAUUUCACUGAAAACCUCCCCGAUACAAUGCUGACACCUGGUAGCAAUAGUAGGUCAUUACACUUUCAAACGGCUCGGAAUUAAAAUCUUCACCUAACAAAACUAAACAUGGCUCAUCGUUAUAUUCUUGUACAAUUUUUUUAUGUAGUUCCGUAACAUUAUCAGGACUUUAUCGACGUUUUGUCGACAUAAAUUUGAGCGGCGGCUCGGCGGCCCCUUUAAGAAUAAUCCCCGGGCCGAGGCUCAACCGCGGCGCGUAAACUCAACUUUGUUGUUGUCAGCAACUACAAGCUAGCUAGCAACGGAGCUAACGCUAGCCGGUCGGUCACUUUAGGGGACUUUUUCACUUUAUCAGACUCGUGCUAAUAACGGGGCUGCUUCGCUAUAUUUCGGUACAGAAACGAGUCGCUCUCACCGUGUGUUUGUCUCCUAUAUCAGGAAAAAAAAAUGACUUCAGCUCUGUCUGAUCCAACCCUAGAGAGACAUUUCAAGGGUCACAGGGACUCUGUGACAAGUGUGGACUUCAGCUGCAACAUGAAACAGAUCGCCACAGGCUCUUCGGACUCUUGCGUGAUGAUCUGGAACAUGAAACCUCAGAUGCGAGCGUAUCGCUUUGAUGGACACAAAGACGCCGUCACGUCUGUUCAAUUUUCUCCCUCUGGCCACUUGGUGGCCUCAGCGUCCAGGGACAAGACCGUCCGUCUUUGGGUGCCCAGCAUGAAGGCUGAGUCAACAGUAUUCAGAGCUCACACUGCCACCGUGCGUAGUGUUAAUUUUUCCGGUGAUGGUCAGACUCUGGUCACGGCCUCUGACGACAAGACCAUCAAAGUGUGGACCGUCCACAGGCAAAAGUUCCUCUUCUCUCUCAACCAGCACAUCAACUGGGUCCGCUGCGCCAAGUUUUCUCCUGACGAUCGUUUGAUUGUGUCGUCCAGUGAUGAUAAGACCAUAAAGUUAUGGGACAAGAACAGCAGAGAGUGCAUUCAUUCUUUCUAUGAACAUGCAGGUUACGCAAACUAUGUGGACUUUCAUCCCAGUGGAACGUGCAUUGCUGCUGCAAGCACCGACAACUCUGUCAAGGUCUGGGACAUUAGAUCCCAUAAGAUGCUACAACAUUACCAAGUCCACAGUGGUGUCGUGAACGGAUUGUCUUUCCACCCGGCUGGUAAUUUCCUAAUCACUGCGUCCAGCGACUCUACAAUGAAAAUUCUGGAUCUUGUAGAGGGAAAACUCCUGUAUACACUGCACGGACACCAGGGUUCAGUCACCUGUGUGGCAUUCUCUCGGACAGGAGAGUACUUUUCCUCUGGAGGUUCUGAUGAACAGGUCAUGGUGUGGAAGAGCAACUUCGAUUCGGUCGAGUGCAGGGAUGAUGUCAAACCGCGACAUAAAACAGUUUCCGGCUCGCAGUCACCACCAGCCGGCUCCAAGGCUCACGUGCCCAUCAGCUCACGUCCGUAUGUGCUGAGCCAGACCUCUGAACCAACAGAGCAUUUCAACAGACAGGACUCUCAAACUGCUGCCCACCCUCAGAGCUACAGUCAUAGUGGCAGCCACAGCAGAGCGACUCAUUCCCACACCUACAGAAAUCCCAGCGCUGAUUCCUCGUCCAACCACCAGACGCAGCAGCAUCACUCACAGGAGGAUCAUGCACAGUCCCAUGCAUCGGAUGGAGGAGUCCCCCCUGCUCUUGCCAACACCCUGGAACACAUUAUAGGUCAGCUGGAUAUUCUCACUCAGACUGUUUCAAUCUUGGAGCAGCGGCUGACGCUGACAGAGGACAAGCUCAAGGAGUGUUUGGAGAACCAGAUGGAGAUCGGCCUCCAUCUCCAGAGGAGAGAGGAGGCUUAAAGAUGGCGACGUGAGAGAGAGCGGAGGGGGAUCUGUUAUCACAUCAACACUGUGGAUCCAACUCGCGUGAUGUCACGAAUACAGCAAAGACUGAUGCCCUCUGAGCCUUACUGCUGCUGUACAGUAUCCGAGUACUUUACGAAUACAUGUCAGAAGCGAAGGAGUUGAAUGUUAGAAGAAGUUACUCUACAGCAGUGCUGAGUGUGCAGUCCCUUUUCUGCUGACAAAGGACCCGCUGCUACUAGUCACUUUCUGUGUGUCGGUGUGUGUGUGUGCGUCUUUGUGUUCACGGUGGCUCUCUGUACGAUAGGGUCAACACAUGCAAAGGACUUUUGUGUUUGACCAUCUUCUCUACAUGUUCGCUUUUUAUCUCAAUUUGUAUUGCACAGAGCAGCUUUUGUUAAAUCCUCUAUUUUUUAUUGAAGCGUGCACAUAUGUACAGUAUAUAACAACCCAAAAAUUAAUUGGCCCAGCCAUUGUUAUUGUUGUGAAGCUGAGAAGGACACGCCAUGAAAGUUUUAUUAUUAUUAUUAUUAUUAGUAUUAUUAUUAUUAUUAUUAUUAUUAUCAGCCUAAAUUUGGUCUUAUUCACAAAGUUCCUCCUUCGUAAAUUCACAAAUUUGGUUGAUCUUGUGUCAUUAGUAGUUUUUAGGUUUUAAAUCAUCUAAUUUAGCGGUUGUUUCUGAGUUCAUUGCUCUUAUCUUAUCUAAUCACCCUGAGACCACUAUUAUUCAUCUUAAGGGAUCAUUUUAGAGAUCGCCUGCAUUUUGAUGACAUUACAAAAACCUCUGUUGGCGCUACUAAUGAGUAUUUUCUGCACAGAAAUGGCUCUGAAUAAAAACAAAUUGAGACGCUCUGAAAACAAAGGUGGCAUAAUUAAUUUUGUCACAGUCUCACAUACACUGUGUUUCUCGGUAUAAUAGUAGAAGGGCAUGUAUUUUCUGUGCAGCACCUUGAAAACUCUUAACUAAGCCCUAUUUCUGCAUCUGAUCUGUGCCGUCUGACGAGCGUAGCUCUGAACUUUACACUGUAGCCGGACCCACACCUCCCCACAAAUGCAACCGCAACGGCCGUGAUUGGUCUGAAGUGCGUGUCCUCGUUCACAUCCCUCAGCACCAAAAAUUCAACCUCCUUCUGCCUCCUACGCACAACAAGAGCUGCUCACUUCCAAACUCCAUAGUUUGAAGCGCGCACAGAAACUUAACGCAGUUGACUAGUCGCAGCCUAGUGUUUUAUCAUCGUCUUUCACAGAAUGAUGCCAACACACUCGCAGGUAGAUUGCGUACAGUGGCGUAUGCCACCUGCACGCGUGUAGGCACAGAGUGUAGAUAUGUUGUGGGAGUAUGAGCUUUAAAGCUUUAUCUACAGUGAGCUCAGAGCUGGGUUGAGGAAGUCCAACUUAUUCAGGGAUGAAAAAUUAUACAAUGAGAUUGGUUUAAAAUGGUGAGUUCCAAGUUGGGUUCCUUUUACCUUCACAUCCCGCGUGUAAAACCUUUAUACACUGAAAUGUAAGUUAUUGUUUAGCCUCGUAAUAAAUGUUUUUCACUCCUA